AUGAGAGCCGUGGUGCAGCGCGUCACCCGGGCCAGCGUCACAGUUGGAGAAGAGCAGAUAAGUGCCAUUGGACGGGGCAUCUGUGUGUUGCUGGGUAUUUCUCUGGAAGAUAGUCAGAAGGAACUGGAGCACAUGGUCCGAAAGAUUUUAAACCUCCGUGUGUUUGAGGAUGAGAGUGGAAAGCACUGGUCGAAGAGUGUGAUGGACAAACAGUACGAGGUGCUCUGUGUCAGCCAGUUCACCCUCCAGUGUGUCCUCAAGGGCAACAAGCCUGACUUCCACCUGGCAAUGCCCUCGGAGCAGGCAGAGAGCUUCUACAACAGCUUCCUGGAGCAGCUGCGCAAGACAUACCGGCCGGAGCUCAUCAAAGAUGGCAAGUUUGGUGCCCACAUGCAAGUCCACAUUCAGAAUGAUGGGCCUGUGACCAUAGAACUGGAAUCCCCAGCUCCUGGCGCUUCUACCUCCGACCCAAAGCAGCUGUCAAAGCUUGAAAAACAACAGCAGAGGAAAGAAAAGACCAGAGCCAAAGGGCCUUCUGAAUCAAGCAAAGAACGAAACGCUCCUCGCAAAGAAGACCGCAGUGCCAGCAGUGGGGCCGAGGGAGACGUGUCCUCUGAGCGGGAACCAUAG